AUGAAAAAGAUACUAAUAAAACACGAUGAUCUCCAGUCUACUCAUAGAAUGGAAGCGGCGGCUAUUGCUACUCCAAUCAUAUUCGGCUUAUCAGCAGCCACAAUUAUAUCUGUUUUGGUCUCAGCGGGGAUUGUAUGCUUCAAAAAAAUGGUUGAUACAGAUCUGCCAAUGGCCAACUUGGGACUGACAUGUAUAGUAGGAGUCUUUGCAAUCAUUAGUUUCGCGGCUGUCUUCUUUAUUGAGUCUGGCUGGUCAUUAUUUGACUGUUACCAGAACACUAAAACAAGUAGAGCUGUCUUAUGGAUUGGCACUAUUAUUACUGUUAUUAUAGCUAGUUUCUUAACUUCUCUAUUCAUUUAUCUACAACUUAUUCACAAGAUUGAUUUCGAUCUUAUCUACAUACUCAAGACAGUCUUUCUAUUGGGAGCUGUCCUGUUGUCCAUGGUCGUAGGAAUCUGGCAUAACAUUACCUUCAAGGGACGUUUAGGAAAGAAUGCAUUGGCAAUCCGAUACCUUCUAUUGGGCGGCCUAGUUGUUCUUGGUUUGUUGGCUAUGGGUUGCAUUCAUUAUGAAAAGAGCAUUUAUGGUCGGUCCUUUGUUGUAGAUUAUAUCUCCGAUUGGCUUCUGAAGUACUUUGAUGGUAUAGCUGCCUUUUUGAGUAACUCACUAUAA